CACGUCCCCCCGCCGGUUGGCCGGACCCGCUUAUUUAUACCUCGCCGGCCGGCCGGCUUCUCAUUCACUUCACCAUCCAAAGCAUCCGGCCCGGCCGUCCUCGCCGUCCCUGCCCUCAUAUAUACGCAGCUGAGCUGAACUGAGCGCGGGUGAGCUCCCCGCCCGCGCGCGCGCAUUGCCCUGAUUGAUCUAUCGUCCGUCCGCCGUCCCCGGCCGCCCGACCACACGGCCGGAUCUCACGUAUAUCUUUGGGUUGGCACCGAAGGCGACCCGGCCAAAAGGUCGAGGAGAGAGCCGACGUGCCGGAGCGAGCUGCCAUCGGCGGCGUGAGGCGUCAUCGAUCGACCAGGGCAUUGUUGCGAUUCCUCAACUUACUUGGGCAUGGACAGAUUGUUUUCGCUGCCGCAGAUCGAUUCCAGCAGCACAUCCAUUAACGUCGUCUGACUGACUUGGGGAUUAGUAACUGUUUUCGCCUGCUGUUCUUUCCCCUCCCUUGCCUGCGACAGGUUCUUGAUCAUCUCAGUGCAGAGUUUGCUAGCGUUUUGCCGAGGUUUGGAGAGACCAAUAUCAGUCGUGGGACGGUAGGAUUCUGUGUUGGCUAGCGAAGAUGGUGCUUGCGCACACGUCCAAGGUGGUGCUGGGAUGCGUGGCGUUCGGCAUCUUCUGGGUGCUGGCGGUGUUCCCCAGCGUGCCCUUCAUGCCGGUUGGCCGCACCGCCGGCUCCCUGCUGGGCGCCAUGCUCAUGGUGCUGUUCCGCGUCAUCUCCCCGGAGGACGCGUACGCGGCCAUCGACCUCCCCAUCAUCGGCCUCCUCUUCGGCACCAUGGUCGUGUCCAUCUUCCUGGAGCGCGCCGACAUGUUCAAGUACCUCGGCAACCUGCUCCAGUGGAAGAGCCGCGGCCCCAAGGACCUGCUCUUCCGCGUCUGCAUCGUCUCCGCCAUCGCCUCCGCGCUCUUCACCAACGACACCUGCUGCGUCGUCCUCACCGAGUUCAUCCUCAAGGUGGCCCGCCAGAACAACCUGCCCCCGCAGCCCUUUCUUCUGGCGCUCGCCACCAGCUCCAACAUCGGCUCCGCCGCCACGCCCAUCGGCAACCCGCAGAACCUCGUCAUCGCCGUCGAGAGCGGCAUCUCCUUCGGACAGUUCCUUCUUGGCGUCUUCCCGGCCAUGAUCGUCGGCGUGCUCACCAACGCCGCCAUCCUCCUCUGCUACUUCUGGAGGUACCUCGCCGUCGAGCCGACCGACCAGCUGGAGCGCGGCGGCGGCGGCGUCUCCACGCGGGGGGCCGAGCUGCAGGUCGGCGACGACGAGGUCCAGUCGCACCGGUUCACGCCCGCCAGGAUGUCGCACGUCUCCUCGCUCAACCCGGACGACUUCGACUGCGUCAGCGAGCCCAUCAUCAGGAGCGCCAGCGUCAACGGUGGCGACAACCUGCGGAGCAGGAGCGUCAACUCCAACGCCGCCGACGCCGACAUGCAGUUCUCCAUCAGGUCCCUCCGCUCCUCCAGCAUGUCGCACGAGAUGGUGGAGGUCUCCACGGUCCCCGUCCUCCUCGACGGCUCCGCCUCCUCCAGGAAGUUCACCAGGACGGCCAGCCAGCAGAGGAGCGUCAUCAUCGAGGACGCGCCGCCGUCUUCGCCCACAGACGACGACGACGCAGCCAACGGCGACAAGGACAAGGGGGAGCUGCCCGAGGUCGCGGAGAAGAGGUGGAAGGUGCUGGUGUGGAAGACGGCCGUGUACCUCAUCACCCUCGGCAUGCUCAUCGCCCUCCUCAUGGGGCUCAACAUGUCCUGGACCGCCAUCACCGCCGCUCUGGUGCUCCUCGCGCUCGAUUUCACUGACGCCCAGGCCUGCCUCGAGAAGGUGUCCUACUCGCUGCUCAUCUUCUUCUGCGGGAUGUUCAUCACCGUCGACGGCUUCAACAAGACCGGCAUACCCAACACCAUGUGGGAGCUGGUCGAGCCCUACUCGCGGAUCGACAGCGCCAGAGGCGUCGCGCUCCUCGGCCUCGUCAUCCUCAUCCUCUCCAACGUCGCAUCAAAUGUUCCAACAGUUCUGCUGCUCGGCACAAGGGUGGCCGCGUCGGCUGCGGCGAUAUCGCCGGCGUCGGAGAGGAAGGCCUGGCUGAUUCUGGCCUAUGUGAGCACGGUGGCAGGGAACCUGACGCUGCUCGGGUCGGCGGCGAACCUGAUCGUGUGCGAGCAGGCGAGGCGGGCGCAGUUCUUCGGCUACAACCUCUCCUUCUGGAGCCACCUCCGGUUCGGGGUGCCGUCCACCAUCGUCGUCACCGCCAUCGGCCUCCUCAUCGUCAGCAGCUACUGAACCAAGCAAGAAACUGAACAUAGUAGUACUACUGUGCGAGGAGCGUAACGAAAUCCUUUCUUCAAUAAUGGAGACUACUCAUGUAAAAUCGCUAGGCUUGUCUUGUAACCCGUUUAUGUUUUGUGUAUCAGUAAUCAGUGUUGUUUCAGCUGUUGUCGCUAAAGCAGACGGCCGGUACGGGUGUCAGACCAAGUAGCCUGCAUUUUCAGAUUUCUGAACUUGGAGUUGCAGAUAGGUUCCUGUUGAAGUUGAACUAAGAAAUUAUAUUGUAAUCUGAUUUCAUUUUUGGUGUUU